AUGCAAGUACCUCGUAACAAAGUGGCCCACGCUUGGGCGUUACGCACCGCGGACCGUUGGGUUGAACAACAGCUGCUGGCUGCUGGAGCAGCGCGUGUCCGUGCAGCUGCUGCACUAUUGCUGGUAGCACUAGUGCCUUCCCAGCACUUCCGAGCUGGUUACUCAAGGUCAAGGCCGCACCCUCAUCAUCCUGCCAAACUACCGGAUACAGCACAUCAUACUUUGCAUCAGGUCUACACGAUGCUGUUAAGCAAAUUGAAAGCGGCUCGCAAGUACACUGAUAUUGCAGUGCAUGGCGCUGUCAAAUUGACUGCGUAUUUCGGAGUGAUGUCAUAUUGUGUUGUCAGUCGCGUGGAAAAGUUAAUGUUCGGACAAUACUUCAUGGAUCUAUGGGAUCUAUACCACCCGGGCAUCUCGGAGCCAUCUGUGGCAGUGCAUCCUAAUAAGCAAGCUCUGAUCACCUUCUGGCACACCGUAUCGGUGGACUGUCCAGAAAAUGUACAGCUAAUAGUGUCCAAUCCCCGCGUCAUCAAACACAUCGCGUUUAAUUACAUCCUGGCCGAUCACGAGGACAGCGAUGUAGUUGCGUACAAUCGCGCAAUGUUACCACCAUACUACGCAUUACUGCGGCUCUGCUGCCGCCGUUCUGCGUCAUUUGCGCGAACUCUUGCGCAACACCAAAAUGUCCAUUGGGCGUUUCGGAAUAUUGCACCGCACUCGCAUCUCUAUCCUGCCGCCGCUGACGAGUUGCUUAGGCUAGCCCGUAUAUUAGCAGCACGAGGCGGUGCAGCCAGUAGCAGCAGUAGCAGCAGCAACAGCAACGCAACUAAUGGAAGUGAGAUUGAUGAGCGAGAGGCAGCUGCUUUUAGACGGAGCACCCUUGCUGCAUAUUUACAGGGUCUUAAUGGUCGGACAUCGUGGACUACGCUUAUCUCGGCUUUUUGUACGCUAGUAGAGAACGGAGAUGAUAGACUGUACGUAGUUUAUAAUGGAGGAUUGCAAAUGACUUUCGAAGCAUUACAUAGUCUACACGCUGUUUAUGUGGAAGGCGGAGCAGGCGGUACAUCUGUGGGGGAAGGUGUCCGUGGCGAAUUGACAGCAGCGUUACGUUGGGCGCGGGCGUUGUGUCGCACGCUGCGCACGCGCCGCGAACCGAAAGAGGCCCGUGCACUACUGCUAGCCUGCAAGGAUUGGCCCGAGUGUGCUAGACGGCUACUUACGCUACUAAACUUGCAUCAGCGAUCCGCCUUGUUACCCCGAGCGGCGUUAGGUGUCCUCCGUGAACUAGUAAUGAUUGGGGGCGGAGCUGCACUUGGUGCGCUCGUGCCGUUAGCCGCGGAAGCGCAUGCGGCUGCACGUACUCCCGCACGGCCACGUACCCGCAAUCGUUCUCACACGCACGCACCCCCACCGUUAUACAGGCCGUAUCAUAAAUUUAUAGACACGUGUUGUCGUGUGGCUCGGAAUCAGCGCUGUAUGUCAGAACAACUAGUACUACUAUCUGCUUUGUGCGCUCUUGAAGCGGUACCACUAAGAUUUAACUACUUUGCCGCCUUCUGGAGAGAUAUCGCCAACACGCCCGCCGAUGCAAAACUGGAAGAAAUGUUGCUGGAGUGUAGCGUACUAUCUGAAUAUAUCGACGCCGUAUUGCUGGACGAGCGGGAGUCUCUAGAGGACCCUAUUAUUUAUGAAUUUGUUCAACAUUACUAUCCCAAAGUGUGUCAAAUAAGCGGUGCCGCUAGCGGGAGCGGGAGCGGUAGCGGAAGUCUAACCAGCGGUUCGGGCGCGAUAGAAGCGAUAGCGGAAGAGGUGACAAGCGGUGGAACGCGAGGUGUGUUGGGGCGGGUGAGAGCGCUGGUCAUUCUAAGUGCGGGAUCGUUGCCGCCUGCUGCUGUUACUGCGCUACAGAGGGCAUUGACGGCGCUGCAUCAACGACCGCCUACUACUGCUGAAGACGAUCAAGCUGAGAUCGAAGCAUCGACCGAAACGAUAGCGGAAGUCAGCAGAUGUCAGUCGCCCGAGGGCAGCGAAGCGGAGGAGACGCUAGAAGAUUUACCCCCCGAUUCGGAUGACUCCCCAGAAGAAGAACCUCCGGCACCUCCUCGUCCAGACUGCACCGUACAAUUGAGUGACGCGAUACAAGCGCUGGCCGCCCGGGUUCGGCACCUCCUACCCGAAUGA